CACUCAAGCCAUUUAUCACCUCCACAGUCUAACCGGCCCAACCCACAACAGUAUAAAACCACAUUACACAAGAUUAUUUUCAGUCAAUUUGACACACUAUUCCAUCAUAAAUUGCCAAAUGCAAAGCAGCUAAACACAGGAUACAAAACUUAUUCUUUUUGUUUUAAGUUUCCAAAUCUCAAUACAGAUUUAUAUUCAAUGUUGGAGCUUAAAAACUUACGUCUGUUUUUUAAUUUAAGAUGAAUAUGGAUAAAGUGAGAUAUUAUUUUCAACAUUCAGCUUCAUUAGGAACACGUUUUGAUUUAAAUCAAAGUUGAUUGAGAUAAACCACAAUUUUGACAAGCUUAGAUAUACAUCUGAGAAAGAAACUGGAAAUAUUACAUUACAAAGUUGGUAUUCUAAAACUCCUGUAGAUCCCAAGUCAGAUCACAAGCAUGUUCACUUUUGUAAUUGAAAACACUACAAAAAAAUAAAAGCAACUCCUGUAUUCAUUAUUUAAUUCUAAGAUGUUAUACAUUAAAUUCACAAUUUGAGCCAAGGUACAGCCAUGAUGAGCCUUAAUGUGGAAUUUGCAGGCUGGGGGGGACUUUCAGGGUUGUACAUUGUGGCAUUAUCUAAAGAGUUUUGUGCAUCCCUGCUUUUUAUUUUACAUAUCUACAAUGUUCUUUUUAGGACUUAUGAGUUGGACUAGUUAGAUUCACUCAGUAAAGAGAUUCACCCAUUACCCAAAAGUUGACAGUUCAGCCCAACUAGCAGUGUCUUAAGUAACUAUAAAUACCAGUGUUGCACACAAUGAUUAAAUUAUCAAAGUUCUCAGAUCAAGAUAGUGACACUAUAACCCGAUUUAUAUUUGAUUCAAAUUAUGCCAAAAUCAUAUAAAGGUAUGGCGUGCAUGACCACCACUAGAUGGCAGUAAAGCACUUUUUGACGCUCUGUGAUUUAUUCUAAUAUCUCUAAUUAGGCGUAUUUAUUUCUAUAUAAAUUAGGCCGAUUUAGAAAAUAUGGCCUACACUUGUAAACUGAAAUUAGCUUAAACAAUAGCAUAUAUGGAGAAAUUAGAAAACCUUGAUUAAAUAUUGAAGAAGUUUGCAUUUCGCUUGACUGUCCGAAAAAAGUGGAAGCCUCCCCGCGGUGACCAAGCCUCCAACAAAUUUGUGUAGAUGAAACAUGUUCACCUGCGAAUUACUCGUGUGCACGGGACAGCCGACUUACUCACUAGCCUCUACUCGCUCCUGCUGACUGCUGUGGAGGCUGGAUCCAAGAUUCAACGUUGCAGAAAACUAUGUGGCCCCUCCAGAACCCUGUCCACUAUGUCACUGUCCGUACGUCCAGUUAGAGCCCUCAAGGCCAUCUCAAGGAGCCACAGCUUCACUGGGGUCAACACAUAUGACAAAUCUAGGCCCUUGUCAGUGUACACCACUCCAGGUCUGAGGAGAAAGCCAAGCAAAGCCAGUAGGAUGUUUACUAUGUCGUCCAACCCCCCGCCCAGAGUCCCUCAGCCGGAACGCACUGAUGAGGUCUACGAGGCGCUCAAAAAAGGCUUACAAUCCUAUCUUCAGGUUCAUCAGAUGGAUCUGGACAGCCUCAGCAGAGAGAUGAGGACAUCUAAAAGAAAUUCUCGACUGGGCUUUCUCUAUGAGCUAGACAAGCAAGUGAAAGUUACAGAGAGAUUAAUUCGGCGCUUGGAGUUUCACCUCAGUAAAGUUGAAGAGUUGUAUGAAGCCUACUGUUUGCAACGGAGGCUGCGGGAUGGUGCUAAUAAAAUGGUGAAGGCGUUCUUGGCUUCACCGAGCAGUAAAGAAGCAAGGGAGAGUCUAGCAGAGGCCAAUAAGGGUUAUAAAGAGUACACAGAGAACAUGUGUGUGCUGGAGACUGACUUAGAAAACCACCUUGGAGAAUUUCAUAUAAAGAUGAAAGGACUGGCUGGAUUUGCAAGACUGUGUGCUGGUGAUCAAUAUGAGAUUUUUAUGAGAUAUGGCCGACAGAGGUGGAAACUACGGGGCAAAAUUGAAGUGAACUCUGGGCAGGUGUGGGACAGUGAUGAAAUGGUGUUCCAGCCACUCAUCAAUGAAUUCCUCUCUGUUAAGGUGACAGAGCUGAAGAGUUUGGCCAAUCAUGUAGUUGUAGGCAGUGUUUCCUGUGAGACUAAAGAUCUCUUCGCUGCUUUACCUCAAACUGUUGCUGUGGAUAUUAAUGACCUUGGGACAAUUAAAUUAAACCUAGAAGUGACCUGGAACCCGUUUGAUAAAGAGGAGCAGGUGUCAUUAUCGAGCAGUGUAAACAAGGCUCCAUCCGUCACAAAAAGAUUCUCCACCAUUUUCAACCAGAGCCCUCCUGAUACUCCUUCUUUACGUGAACAAGCUUUCUAUAACAUGCUGCGACGUCAUGAAGAGAUGGAGAAUGGAAGAGCCUGGUCAAACUCUUCUGAAUCUUCUGAUGACUCCUCCAGUCCUCAACUUCCAGCAAGCAUGAAAACUAUCCAGAAGGCACCGCAAGAAGACACUACUCCAAAAGCUUCAAGAACGCCAGAUCUUCAGUCAGUCAAGAGACGGAAAUCUUCACUCCAGUCAAACCUGUCGCUGUGCACCGAGGACUCUGCACCUGUCACCUCCAGCUCCUCACACAACAUCAGCAUCAUCAGUGAGGACCCAGACUCCAAAUCACCAGCAGAGGGCAGCAGGCCGGAGGACAGUAGGACACUCACAGUGACUACAAAAUCAGAUCCCAAAGAAGAUCCCACUCCCAUAGCUGCUCUGGACGGGUCACUGAAAAGCCGAAACUUCUCGAGAUCUCUGAGUCUCAUUAGUGAAGGAAGUGCUGAUGGUGUGGCGCUGUUGGACAAGCCCUUCUGUGAAGCCAUUCCAGAAACAUCUACAACAUCUGGGACUGAUAUCACUGAUGUCAAAGAGGACGUGUCUAAUACUACUUCUGAACUUCCUGAAAACAAACCAAAUAAUGAAACUACAGAUGAAACAAGUGUCACCCCAGAGCUGAGUGAAUGUUCUCUCCCUGCUGCCUCCACUACUUCAAAUGACCCCUCAGAAAUGUCCAGUGAAAGUGAUGUCACCUAUCGAGCCCACUGGGUGUCUGUGGAGGAGGACACAACAGAGGCAGUGGCUGCAGAUGUUUUGUCCAAUGAAGGAGCUGAGUCUGUGGAUAGUGAGCUGGCGCUGGCUUUAGGAGAGGCUCUGGGGGCUUUGGUGUCUUCCUUUGAUGAUUACAGAGGGCAGUUCCCGGAGUUACAACUGCUGGAACAAGAGCUGAAGUUACUGCAGACUACACUGGAGUGCGGCAGAUACAGCCGGUCCUCCAGUCUGGUCAGCCUCAGUGUGGAAACUGCUCUGGGCAGCUUUGAUUUCCUGAACAUGUCUGACUGUGAGGAAGAGGAGGGGGAGAGGAGGAGUAAUAAUGAAAGGUUUUUACAGAAGAAAGGCUGGGAUAGCCCCUCCUCUCUCUCUGCCCCCCUGACCACAGGCUGCAAGAGUCUGGACCAAUGUCUAGAGGCUCAUUUGAAGUACUGCAGUGCACAGCUGCUGUGUCUUGGCAUAUUUGGUCCUCUGCGUUGCAGGGAGAUGUAUGCCUUAGACAGACUCCUGCGUGAAGCUCAGGUUUUCAAAAUGAUCAGACGUGUUGUCAAAAAGAAUCCAAAGUGCUUCAAACAGCCAAACGAAGUUAUCCCUCAGUUGGGGCCUAUUCAGGGAGCAGUGUCACUGUGGCAACAGUGUGUCCAACAGGGCUGUUUGUAUAUUGUCUCUGUGGAUGCCUUUCAGAGGGCAUUGUCUGACGUAUACUCCAGUGUCCUACCAGAGAGGAUGUCCAGCAUGGUUGACACAGUGUUUCGGUCCCUGGCUGAACAAGUUCUGGAUCAGAAACUGCCCCAAAGAGACUCCAAUAAAGAAGCAGUGAUGGUGACUUUGUUUCAGUGGUGGAACUACCUGGAGGCCAGCGGUGUGACUGACCUGGAGACCUACAUUUCUGAGCUGGCAGAGGAAGUGUGGCUGGUGCAGAACUUGGCAUCACUUGAUCAAGAUGUGAUCGUGAAAGUCCUUAGAAACCCAGUCAAAUGCAGCCUUAAGAAGCAGGGCAUUCAUGCUGUGGCCAAACUGUUAAAAGACCCACGAGGAAAAGUAUCAGCGUCUGCCAGCUCAGUACUCAGGGGCCUGGCCAGUCAACCCAGACCAAGAGAACAGGCCCUGGUCAACUGUUUGGAACUGCUAGAGGAUGAGAACGUUGCAACAAGAAUCUGUGGAUGCAAAGCUCUGGCCUGUUUAAAGGCCAAAGAAAGCAUUGAGCAGUUGGUGUAUCUUUGUCAGACGGAUAAGGAUGAUGUCCGAGAUGCUGUCAAACAAUGUUUACUCGUAUUAGGUGAAGAAGGGAAGAUGGCCAUCAGACACAUUGAGACAUCGCAGGACAGCAUACCAAGACUCUUUGCACCUGGGAGCAUGACAAGCACUGCCUUUUAAAAUUAAAUUUAACUUUAAACACAAAUGAACAAGGCGAUACAAAAGUAGAGCUGCUUGAAUCUAAGCUAAGUGUUUCCUGGUCUGUUUUUGUUGUCAGAGCUUUAGGGCCAGUGCUGUAACUAAAUGGUUUUCUAUUGAGUCAUGUACUUUUAUUUUAAAUACUAUCUAUUUAAUUCUGUAUAUUAUAUAUUAUUUAUCCAUUUGCACAUCUAAAACACAAGUGCCAAUUCAAUUCCCUUGCAACAACACUGGCCUAAUGAAUUUAAAAGACAUUAAGUGCCAAAAGGUAAGUUUAUAAAUGGUUAUAUAUAAAUUCAGCAUUUUCACUGUGAUAAGAGGAUUUUGACUGUCUUCUCCAAUGCCAGGGUUUUGGACAGAUCUAAGCAGGGGUCUAAUAUUGGCCUGUGGUGUUUUUAAUAUAAAAUGUUUUAUUUUUUUUAUAGUUUUACUUAUAUCUGGGGUAAUGCUCUAAUAAAAAAUAUGUUCCUUAAAAAUGUGUGCUCCUAAUUGUUCAGGAAAUACAAAUUGUUCUUUGCAGUUGUACUACAUGUUUUGUACUCGGUAAAAAUAUAUACUCAUCUGUUUACUGCUUGACCCUGUAUAUGUAUGAAGCACAGUGCCAGCUUGUGGCUGAAUAUACAAACAGCAACUGCUGCUUAUCAGACCAGGUCCAGAUAAUAGUCCAGAUAAUAGACUCUAUAAAGUAUGUAUACAGUCUGUGGUCCAGACAUAAAACACAAUACUCACGUUUUCAUGCCCAGAACCACUUCUUCACAGGGCUGGACUGCUACUGCUCACAACUUCUACCAUUAUCGUUACUCUGACCGCCAAAGUGACAUGAAUUGAACCCAUGAGUUCCAGAUUGACUCGAGCUUUUGAAGUAAAACAAUUUCUGAUGAAAUCCAUCAAAAGCCAUAAGGCCUCUCUCGUGCUGAUGAAAAGUCUAUAGAUUUUUUGAACCAAUUACUCCAAACCCCAAGUAAUGAAAGUGAAGCACCGGUCGGCAACACAACCUGUGUGGAGGACCAGUCUAAAAGGGGGAAAAAAGUCUGUAGACAUAUCUAGCCACAAGGUGUCUCUUUAU